AUGGCGUUCUCGAUCCAAACCAUCCAAAUUAUCGCCAACUCCUCGACAAUGCAGCAGCAACUCACCAUGAUGAUGCCUCGCUUCCUUGCGCUCGCCCUCUUCGUCGCGGUCCUCGGCCAAUGCGCGGCGGCUCCAUCGGCCAAGCCGAUCACGCGGCCCAUUUUGAACCCGAAAUUGCGCCAGCGUGACCUGCUCGACAACGAAGCGCUCGGCCUGCCGCGUGGCGACGACAAAUUCGACCUGCCACUCGACAACCACAUGCUCGACAACGACAAUCUCGGCAUUCCUCGCUUUGACUCCAAGCCGAAGAAAAAUGGCUUUUAGUCGUUCUUGGAUCGUGACAGGUCCUUGCACAGUUUUUGCCAACAUAACGAUACACUCGACGG